AUGACAGGGAGCAGCAGCAGUAGCAGCAUCAGUCAAAAUAUGACAGGGCAGCAGCAGCAGCAGUCAAAACAUGAAGGGCAGCAGAAGCAGCAUCAGUCAAAAUAUGACAGGGAACAGCAGCAGCAGCAACAUUUCUUUCUUUUUUUUAAGAAUGCGUUUAUAUGCAUUUUGCUUACCUUUUCUUUUUCUUUGAUUUUUCUUUCUUAUAGUUUUCGUUCUUUCCUUCUUUUGUUUGUUCGUUCGUUCGAUCGUUCGUUCUUUCGUUUGUUCUUUCUUUCUUUCUUUCUUUCGUUUGUUCUUUCUUUCUUUCUUUCUUUCUUUUGUUUGUUCGUUCUUUCUUUCAUUCAUUUUUCACUCUUUUUUUCUUUCUUUCGUUUGUUUUUUCUUUCGUUCUUUCAGUGGUUAUUUCUUUCGUUCUUUCUUUCUUACAUUCUUUCUUUCUUUCGUUCGUUUGUUCUUUCUUUCUUUCGUUCGUUUGUUCUUUCUUUUAUUUGUUCUUUCUUUCGUUUGUUCUUUCUUUCGUUUGUUCUUUCUUUUUUUCUUUUGUUUGUUCGUUCUUUCUUUCAUUCAUUUUCCGCUCUUUUUCUUUCGUUUGUUUUAUCUUUUGUUCUUUUAGUGGGUCCGUUCUUUCGUUUUUUCUUUCUUACAUUCUUUCGUUCGUUUGUUAUUUCUUUUAUUUGUUCGUUUUUUUGUUCGUUCUUUUUUUCUUUCUUUCGUUUCUUCGUUCGUUCUUUCUGA